UUGAACAAGUCUGCCGCUGCUGCUCGAGUUUUGUGCCCUGCAGACUUCCUACUGCUGGAUAAUUUUACUGCUGCACGCCUCGUGUGGCCGGAGAGCUUCGGGAGAAGGGACGGAGAAAAACAAGUGACUUGGAUCGGCCCCCUGUCCCGUCAAGCUGCAGCAUCGGGGGAAACCGAACCACUGGCCUGAGCUGGGUGGAGCAGUGACCGCCUGUAGCAUGAUGUCCUACCUCAAACAGCCCCCCUACGGCGUCAACGGCCUGGGGCUCAGCGGCGCUGCCAUGGACCUGCUGCACCCCUCAGUGGGCUACCCAGCGACUCCCAGGAAGCAGCGGAGGGAGCGCACAACGUUCACCCGCUCCCAGCUCGACGUCCUGGAGGCUCUGUUCGCCAAGACCCGGUACCCGGACAUCUUCAUGCGGGAGGAGGUCGCACUGAAAAUCAACCUGCCAGAGUCCAGAGUCCAGGUGUGGUUCAAGAACCGGAGGGCCAAGUGUCGCCAGCAGCAGCAGAGCGGCAGCAGUGCCAAAGCCAGGCCGCCCAAAAAGAAGUCUUCUCCGGCCCGGGAGAGCACCGGAUCCGAGAGCAGCGGCCAGUUCACGCCUCCUGCCGUCUCCAGCACCGGCUCGUCCUCCUCUUCAUCCUCCUCCACCAAUCACACAGGCCCAGCGGCACUCAGCAGCACCUCUACCUCCAUCAGCACCGUCUCCUCCAUCUGGAGCCCCGCUAUCUCCCCCGGAAACGCCCCUGCUCCUGCCGUGGCCCCGCUCCCUGAGCCCGGACCCCCAUCUAACGCAUCCUGUAUGCAGCGUUCAAUGUCAGGCUCCGCUGCAGCUGCCACCUCCUACCCCAUGUCCUACAACCAGACGCCGGGCUACGGCCAGGGCUACCCCACCCCCUCCAGCUCUUACUUCAGUGGCGUGGACUGCGGAUCCUACCUGGCCCCCAUGCACUCCCACCACCACCCCCACCAGCUCAGCCCCAUGACGGCCUCGUCCAUGUCAGGCCACCCGCACCACCACAUCAGCCAGUCGUCAGGCCACCACCACCAUCACCACCACCACCAGGCCUACAGCGGCUCUGGCCUGGCCUUCAACUCCUCUGACUGCCUGGAUUACAAAGAGCAGACUGCAGCCUCCUCGUGGAAGCUCAACUUUAACACCACAGACUGCUUGGACUACAAAGACCAGGCCUCCUGGAGGUUCCAAGUCUUGUGAUCAGGCUUUUCUUUUCUUCCCCCCUCUGCUCGUCUGCUCCCUCUUCUUUUAUUUUCCAGAUUAGCGUGUUGCUUGUUUUUAAAGACAAAAAGAGUUCAUGAACCAUAAGAUAACAAGAUAGCAGCAGGAAUGCUCAGCAAUCGGACUUUGUUUUUUCCUCCCUCUCGUCCUCGACGUCUUUUUAAAAAUUAAAAAUUAAAAAAAAAAAAAAAGAAAGAAGAGAAGCAGCCCCUCGAGUCCUGUGAAGAGAAAACAUCAGG